GAAAAAUUUCAGCAGUCUUUUGGUAACAGUUUGUGUGAUAAGCUUGAUCAAAAAUGAUAAACGACAAAUUUUUAAGAGUUUUUGGAUUAAUUUGUGUACUGUCAAUAUUAAGUGCUACUGCUCUUCCAAAACAUCAUAAGCCAACGGCACGAAGGACAACUCAACCGAAACAAGCUCCUACAACUGUUGCAACACAUCUGCCACCGACAACUACUUUAGUACCUCCAUUGCAGCCAGUUCAUAAUGAUGUACCUCCAAGUUAUCAUGCUGCAACAAAUCAACAGUCAGCACCACCUGCUCAACCAGUUAUUGUACAUCACGUGAUUCAGCAACAACCAGCACAAUCAUCUGGAGGUGGUUUAGGGACAGUUGGUGGAUUAGCUGUUGGAGCUUUAGCUGGCGCAGCAGGUGGAUAUGCCGUUGGUGAACUUCUAAAAGAUGACAAUAAGGAAUCCAUGACAACUGGCGCAAUAGCGAUUUCAAGCUCAAUUUCAACGACAAUAACGCCAUCAACCAGUUCGACUGCUUCUGAGAGUACUUCACAAUCAAGCAGUUUGACUGGUUCUGAGAGCACAUCACAAUCAAGCAGUUUGACUGCUUCUGAGAGUUCAUCACAAUCAAUCAGUUCAACCUUUUCUGAAUCCACAUCAAGUUCCACAGCUCCAACGACAGUAAGUAGUGCAUCAAGUGAGUCUAUACUUUUACAAUCAAAUUAUAGCACGGGAGUGACUUCAAAAGCACCUAGUUCAUCAGAGACUCCAAAUUUAUCUAGCAGUUCUACUGUUAGUCCAAAUACAAGUGCCUCAACAACUCAUGCAUCAUCUUCAUCAACAAAUCCCAGUUCGACAACGGUAGCUGAAACUACAACAGUUCAUCACACAAUAUGGGAUAGUAUUGCUAAUAUUUUUUAA